AUGUCGCGUCGUGAACGCAAGCGGAGAGGUCGCUGGGAAACUUACAAUUCCGAAUUCAACUCGGAAGAAGGUUUUUCAAACAGUUCUGUAGACAAACAAGUGGAGAAAGAAGCAGCAGCACCCGUCCCAAAGGCUGCCUCACAUAAUUUGAAUGGCGAGAAUGCUGCGGUGAUAACUGAUGAAUUUGGUGGCAAAGACUACCGAUCGGAAAUGCCUUUGAAGGUAACUAUCAAGUUAAGAACGGCGUGGGAAUGA